UGGGCCGAACCCCUGGACCCUUAGGGCGCCAAGCCCGGAGGUGGGGCCAGGGCCGUGAACACUGAACUCCGGAACCCCCUACCGACCCCGACAACGCCCCCUUACCCUGCACCCCCGAGUUUCCUUCCGUGGGUGCACUCGUGCACCCGCGCACACGCCCAGCCCCGGCUGGCGCGGGCCGGGGGAUCGCGCCAGGACCCCAGUCCCGCCCCCCUAGGCCCCGCCCCCGCAGCCAUCUUGCUCCUGCAACGGCCCCACGGGCUCAGAACUCCAUGGUGCCAUGCUACCCACAUUGCGCCUGGCCAGCAGGCUGCCCAGCCCCUGGAGAGGGAAUGGCCCCCUAAGCCCAGAGGAGGCUGCUCGCCACUCCCUGUCUAGUGCCAAUGAACUGCGCUGCCGACAGCUGCUGGAGGCCACCACAGCCAGGUACCGCCAUCGGGAGGCCUCAGCGGCGGUGCUGGUGCCCCUGUGCUCCGUGCAUGGAGAUCCGUCUCUGCUCUAUACGCUGCGCUCCAGCCGCCUCAUAGGGAGGCACAAAGGCGACGUCAGUUUCCCAGGGGGCAAGUGUGACCCUCAGGACCAGGAUAUUGUUGACACAGCUCUGCGGGAGACCAGGGAAGAGCUGGGCCUGCCCAUCCAGGAGGAGAACGUGUGGGGUGUCAUGAAGCCAGUGAAUGACAGGAAAAACUCUGUCAUUGUCCCGGUCAUUGCCCAGGUGGGACCCCUGGAGUCUCUGGACCUCACGCCUAACCCGAAGGAGGUGGAUGACGUCUUCACGAUGCCACUAGCCCAUCUGCUCCACCCCCAAAACCAGGGCUACACCCACUUUUGCCAACAGGGUCGCUACAGUUAUACAUUGCCCAUCUUCCUGCACGGCCCUUACCGCAUCUGGGGCCUCACAGCCAUCUUCACAGAGCUCACACUGGAGAUGCUGGUGCCAGGGACUUAUCAUCGCAUAGCCCGUCUUGCUGGGCAGCAGAGGAGUGGAGAGACCAGGACAUAGAGGACAGAAAGUUCAGCUGGGGGCACUAAGAACUUUGCCUCUUCCUCUUUUGUGCUUGCACCCAGUCACGCAGGGACCGAGCCAGCUGGGGAAUCCAAUACUGGUGGGGGCUCUUUAUUCUUCCAAGUCAACCACAAGCAGCUUUUCACACAAACAAGAUGAAGCCAGAAGUCCCAUCUCUGCACGAAAAGGGGCUGCUGUGGGAGGUGGGCAAAGCUGUCUCUCAGAAGGGUUAGGGGGAGAUGCUCUCUCUAGUCUCUUGGGUUGAUGGCUGCUGAGCUCAACCCAGCCUCAUUGUCUACCCUGUUUGGAAUUCUUGGAACACAUGCCCCAUCUCCUGACUCCAUGACUUUGCACGAACUGUACCUGGCCUUGUCACCUCUGCCUCUUGGUGUUCAGGACUUUCCCUGUGUCUCCCACCUUCCCCACCCUCCAGUGCCUUCUCUUUAUCUCUUCUGUUCCUUAAUUUGUGUCAGUUCCUUGAGGGCAGGGCCUGGUUUUUGCCUUACUUUGUAUCUCAGUGCAUAGCACAGUGACACAUUGCAAGCACUCACUGGAUGUUUGUUGACUGACUGACUCUGCAGACAUAUUCCUCCAUCUAGCAAACAACCAACUUAACUCCACAUUAACUUAAUAAAGGCUGCCUUCUUUCACCUGAAGA